AUGAGUUGCCACGCAUGUUCCCGCACUCCUCAUGCUCGCCUGCCCUUUUACUGUCCAACAUGUGCCCGCAACCAGCUCUAUCAGCUUCGCAUCGACAGCACCCAGAUUCUCCUGGAGCGAGAAUUUUUGGGGCAGCAGAUCGAAUCAGUAGUGACCGAUGGAAAUCAUCAAAAGAGAUCUGUGGAGUCCAUUCCUGACUCGUCGCGACGCUGGACCAUCCAAGCGAUCACUACUCGGCAAGCCGAGUUGUCAUCGAGAAGAGAGGUCGUUUCUCGUCAGAUCGAUGACUUGAGAUCAGAGAUCAGGGACAAACAGGCCCACGUCUCCGGCUGCAAGGCACGCCUAUCACGCAGACAUUCUGACGCGGAAUCCGCCAAGUAUCAGCUUUCGGAGCGAGAAACGGGGAUUCUGACAGGCGUCCAGAACACAACGAAGAGGACGGAGCACCUAUGGCACUCCCUGCACAGCAAGACGGCGGAGGCACGCAUCUUCCUUUGUCGGGAAGCGGCGAAUCUAUACGGUUUACGACAGAAAGUCUCGAGGAAAGGACAAGUUCCAGGAGGCUAUGCAAUUGGUGGAAUCGUGAUCAAAGACUUGAGAGACAUGAAUGGUGCUACGCCAGCCCAGAUCUCGACGUCUCUCUCCAAUAUCGCCCACCUGCUUGUCCUGGUCUCACAUUACUUGUCAUUACGACUUCCCGCCGAAGUGACUCUCCCACACCGAAACUACCCGACAGCUACUAUCUACGCACCGGCUGGGUCGUAUCGCGCGCGCGAGACCCCGGACAAGGCUUCUCGAUCCUCCUCAUCCAGUCCGACGGCAUCGAAAACCGCCGAGUCACGCAUCCACUUGCCACGCCCCAGGCCUCUGACAAUUGAAAAACCGCUGACCAAGCUCGUCAAGGAGGACCCGGGAACAUAUGCUCUCUUUCUCGAAGGGGCCACGCUGCUCGCUUGGAAUGUCGCUUGGCUUUGUCGGACUCAAGGCAUCAACCUGGCCUCGGAGUCAUGGGAAGACGUGUGUGACAUUGGGAAGAAUAUGUGGCAGCUCCUGGUCGCCCCGCCCACGCCGGCGUCAACUCUCAUGAGAGCCUUUGCGGGUCGGGACACUCAGACCCAGAUGACAGGCGGCAAAGAUUCACCCAAGACGACGAUCCAGCGGACCAAGUCAUUUCCCAUGCUGGGACACUAUUCUCACGGCACAGCACAUUCCUUCCUCGGGGCCGCGGAGGGAACUGAGUUUAUGCGGACCUGGAAACUGCCGAGCCCGACGAAGAUCGUGGACAAGUUGAAGGCGGUCCUACUUGGGGAGAUGGCGAGUGCGGAAUGGGAGCUACUGGAAGAGCAGGAAUGGCAUGAGGAGGCGACAGGCCAGGCCUCGGAUGGCAAAUGGACGAAGCUGAAGUAG